UAUUUGUCUUUACCUAGCGCAGUUGUUCUGUAUUGACAUUUUCAGUUCUUACACAGACAUUAUUCUUGCCAUUUAUUUUCUUUGAGGGGAAUAAAACUCCCUGGAGCCUUGCCUGACCUCGACUAGUUUUGCUUCGUAGCGGAUUAAGGUCUUUUAUUUGUCUAUUUUUGUGUGUCCUCUGUUAAUGACAGGAGGCUAACAACCUAACAACCUGGGGGGGCGGAUUACGCUGUAGUAUGGCCUGAGAUUUGACCUAGCGGGACAGUCACUGGGACAGCACAUUCAUCGGCUGCUAGCCUUUAUCACCAAGAGAGCAACUACAGGGAGGCUUUUCAUACCGGAAGUAAACCUUCGAGGUCGUCAUGGGGAGCAAAGUCAGCUCCAAAAUGGCAGCUCCAGCCGCCCGAGUUAUUCAGGUUGUACGGCCUCAUGCUCCUUUGAUCAAGUUCCCCAACAGACAAGGGAUCCCAAAGCCAAACGCACCGCCUCCGUUAUCAAGAGCUCAUAUACCUUUGACCCCAGUCCCUGGCACGCCAGACACCCUGGCCUCUAUUCAGCUACUUCCUGCAAGGUACCGCAGGAGACCGGUGACAGUGGAAGAAAUGGACUACAUCCAGCGUGGUGGACCAGAGUGACAUGAAGCAACCAAAGUCCUUAUCUGUUGAAGAUCAGUAUGUGUCUUUAAUUCUGUUCCUCAGCACAAGAGAACCUAAUGCCACAUGAGACAUGAUGUAGAAUAAAGUAUUACAUAAAUCCUGUUAAAAUGUAUAUAUGUUUAUUUUCUAGAUGUUAAAUCUUAAUUGUAUGUUACUUUCAUACUAAGGGACAUCUUGUUUUUCACACAGUGAAGCUAAAAACAUCGCUUCUUGGUUUUCCUUAUUUACUGUACUUGCACCACGACUAUUCAUUAGAGAGUUCUUGUUAAACCUUGGUUUUAACAUUAUGCCACCUCAAAUCAACAUUUAUUCUGAUCUUUCAUUUUGUCAUAUAGUUGUUUUGAGCUUCACUUACAAUACCACCACACCCAAAUCCAACCACAAGGCUCUGGUACAUAGUGAAGAAAAAUACUGGAAGGUUCCUUUGCUGUUCAUGCCUUUCACUACAAUAAACUGACUGAUCUGUUUUAUAGAGCUGAACAAGGCUGAAGAGAUGCUGGAUGUCACGUUGCAAUAGCACUGAGUGAAAUGGUGUUGACUUCAUGUGAAGUACUGGAUUGAAAUGAUUAAAAGAUUAUUGUAUUUUGA